UCUAAAUUGUCAAACACUGUAAUUGUUAAAGGGCUGGAGACUGAUCGCCCAGGAUUCGGCCGUGGAACGUUCCCGGGAGGGAAGCAUUGUGACGUCAGCGCACCUACUAAUCCUCCCAAUUGAGGGGGAGCCUGGAGCCAUGAGGUCAUCGCAGCGGCCAGUGUAGCCAUCCGGGCGGCGGCAGCGGCGGGGGAGGGGAGAGCAGAGAGCGGAGCAGAACGGGCAGCGGGCCCAAGCGAGGCCGACUGGGAGCCUGCCGCCGCGCUCCAGCUGUAGUGAGGCGGACGCCGAGCUCCUGCAAGCAUGGAGGAGGCUGAGGCGAAGGAGCUGCAGGUCGGCUCCUGGCUACCCGUGCUGGUGGAGCAGAUGGUGAACGACACGUUGGUGGUCACCUUGAGCUGCGGGGAGAGGCGCUUCACUGGAAUCCUCCUAGACUGCACUAAAAAGUCUGGGUUGUUCUGUCUUCCACCACCUUCGUUGCCAAAGCAAGAGGAACCUCCUGCUGAUGCUUGCACUAACUGGGUUCCUGAAGACAGACAGCCUGUGAAGGGUGAGACUGAGUCACGGUUUUCUAGUGAAAAACCUCCCAAAGGAAACAAUGAUGAACAGGUUCCUCCUCUUUUGCCACCUCCAUCACCAGGCAAUGUUCCUCCUUACCCUCCCUAUUUUGAGGGAGCUCCUUUUCCUCCUCCCUUAUGGUUAAGACACACAUAUAACCAAUGGGUUCCUCAGCCACCACCAAGGACUAUAAAGAGGACAAAAAGACGGUUGUCACGAAAUAGAGACCCAGGAAGGCUCAUCAUGAGCACUAUUAGACUGAGGCCCAGGCAAGUGCUCUGUGAAAAAUGUAAAAACACUCUGAACCCAGAGGAAGCGAACAAAGCCAGGCAAAAUGCUAAAACAAGGAGGAAGCUAAGUAUUCAGGACAAGGAGCAAAAAAAGCACAGUGAUUCUGAUUAUGUGGAGAAAAGGAAUAAAAGAGAAAAGAGGGAGGAAGACAAAUUUUCUGGGGAAUUAGUGCAUCGAACGCCAGUUAUAAAAAUAUCCUACAGCACGCCACAAGGUAAAGGCGAAGUUGUGAAAAUUCCCUCCCGGAUUCAUGGCUCGGUUAAACCAUUUUGUCCACAGCGGAUAUUGCAGAAUGGAGGGGAGGACCAAGAGGAGAACAGAGACUCUGAACGAUAUCAGGAAACCAAAUGUUUUAUGGAUAAGUCGGCAAGCAGCCAACUUGCUUCCAUUCCAAAACUGAAAUUAACUAGGCCUGUGCAUUCCAGUGCAGAUGUUCCACCUCCCAAAAUCAGACUGAAACCUCAUCGAAUAAAUGAUGGUCAGAGUGUUUCCAUUUAUAAAGCAGAACUUAUUGAUGAGAUAAAUGUCCUUCAGAGUAGCAGGGAGUCCAAUCCUGCUGCAUUUUACACUGAUGAAUCUGCAGAUAGAAGUUUAGCAGAGAUGUCUUCAGGGAGUUCAGGUGAAGAUGAUGACUUCAAAAGAUUUCCCCAAGGUAAAGAUGGACAUGAUAACUUGGCUUUUCUUAUGAAUUAUCGUAAAAGGAAGGCAGAUUCUUCUAGUUUAUCAGUGUGUAGCAAUGACAGUCUAGAUGAAUCCAAAUCCUCUAGUUCAGAAGUAACAUCACCAGAAAUGUGUGACUUUUUACCUGGUGAUGAUGCGUCUGUCUCUUCAUCUUCAAAAGAUGAGCGUAAAAUUGUGCCACCAUUAACAGUUAGACUACAUACACAGAGUGUCUCUAAAUGUGUCACUGAAGAUGGAAGAACUGUUUCAGUGGGGGAUAUUGUUUGGGGUAAAAUUCAUGGUUUCCCAUGGUGGCCGGCACGUGUUCUUGACAUAAACCUUAGCCAGAAGGAAAAUGGAGAACCUUCCUGGCGAGAAGCUAAAGUAUCAUGGUUUGGUUCUCCAACAACCUCAUUCUUAUCUGUUUCAAAACUCUCUCCUUUCUCUGAAUCUUUCAAACUGAGAUUUAAUCGUAAGAAGAAAGGGAUGUAUCGGAAAGCUAUUACAGAAGCUGCAAAGGCAGUAGAGCAUCUGACCCCAGAAAUAAGAGAUCUCUUAACACAGUUUGAAACAUAACUUUGCCUCCAGUACCAGGUAACAGAAGAUAAGAGCACAGCUGUUCUCCUAGAGUUUCAUGAAGUCUGUAAACAUCCUGACAUGCUCCCCAGGAGAAUCUUGAGGUUGCCAUGCAGAUGACAGCAGGAUGAGUUUCCUUGUCAGAUUGCACUGCUUAUCUGUGAAGGGUGACGGGCACCUGGACUGGAGUUAGGAGACUCUUCUGGUGCGAGGCUGACAGGAAAGUCUUAAGGAUAUCUAACCGAAAACAAGGGAAUUGACAAGUAAAGCAGUGAACUAGGAGAAUAGUGAAUACCACAACUUGGAAUGUAUUUAUUACUUAAAACUAGCUACUCUUGAUAAAAUCCCAAAAAUUA